AUGCCACAUUUCCCAAGUAGAUUAAGAUCUGUUUUUAAAAAUUUCUCUGAGGAUUUCCUUGAACUUUUGGAAGGUUUGUUGACUUUAAAUCCAAAGAAGAGAUUAACUGCUGCCCAAGCUCUCCAAUCGCCAUUUUUCACAAACGAGCCAUUACCUUUUGAGGCCGAAAAGAUGCCAAAUUACCAACCAAUUCAUGUUUUAGAGGCAAUUCAAAAGAGAGUUCAACAACAAGCUCAACAACAAGCUCAACCAGCUCAAACUGCUCCACAAGUCCAACAACAACAACAACAACAAGUUAUUACCCCAGUUAAACAAACCCAACCAGCACAAGCCGAUGCUUUUUCAAAUACCACUAAACAAUUACCAACUACGACCGCCUCCUCCGCCGCCUCCACCACCACUACCACCAUAAAGCCAUCCAUUUCAAACAACUUGCCAACCAUCACCACCACUACACCACCAACCAUUACCAUUAAACCAACUGAACAACCAAAACCACAACAACAACAAGAAUUGAUCAAACCAACAACUAUUUCACAACAACAACAAGAACCAACUAAAAUCUCUUCAUCGGCCACUACCACUCCAAACAUACUUUCCCAACAAAACUCUCCAGUCAACACCAACAACAAUAGCAAUGGUAACUGUCAUUUGAAGAGAUCUUACGAUCUCGUCAAUGAUCUCAACAACUAUUGCACUGCCACCGACUCGGAAGAAGAAGAGGAAUGCGACUGCCAAGUUGUCGAGAUUGACACUGAUAUUGAAGUAGAAGUUGACGAAGAUUUCUAUGAUGACAGUGACUACUACACCGAAGACGAAGAAGAGGAUAGCUGUACAGACAGUGAAUGCGAAUUUAAUUAUAUCACAUCACGCGCCAUCCAAACUUUUGCCGCCCAACAGCCCCAAUUCGAAGAUAGCGUUAAUCCCUUCCUCCAACCACCAAAGAAACAACGUACCACUUCAUCAUUCUCAUCUUCCUUUGAUGUUGAUGUUCCAAUUCACCUAGUAUAA